AUGGACGUCAGUAUACCAGGAAUACGCGAGGCAGACGCCAAGGAUGCCUCAAGACACAAAAUAGACGCCAAGGAUGCCCCAAGACACAAGACAAACACCAAGGAUGCCUCAAGACACAAGACAGACGCCAAGGAUGCCCUAAGACACAAGACAGACACCAAGGAUGCCUCAAGACACAAGACAGACGCCAAGGAUGCCUCAAGACACAAGACAGACGGCCACAGAGAAGCUCUAAACAUCUAUGACAGUCACUCUGGUGGAAACAUCUGUAACAGUCACUCUGGUGUAAACAUCUAUGACAGUCACUCUGGUGUAAACAUCUGUAACAGUCACUCUGGUGUAAACAUCUAUGACAGUCACUCUGGUGUAAACAUCUAUGACAGUCACUCUGGUGUAAACAUCUAUGACAGUCACUCUGGUGUAAACAUCUGUAACAGUCACUCUGGUGUAAACAUCUAUGACAGUCACUCUGGUGUAAACAUCUAUGACAGUCACUCUGGUGUAAACAUCUAUGACAGUCACUCUGGUGUAAACAUCUAUGACAGUCACUCUGGUGGAAACAUCUGUAACAGUCACUCUGGUGUAAACAUCUAUGACAGUCACUCUGGUGUAAACAUCUAUGACAGUCACUCUGGUAAAGUGCAACUCUCAAGAAAGCACAACUCUCAAGAAAGUGCAACUCUCAAGAAAGUGCAACUCUUAAGAAAGUGCAACUCUCAAGAAAGCACAACUCUCAAGAAAGCACAACUCUCAAGAAAGUGCAACUCUCAAGAAAGUGCAACUCUUAAGAAAGUGCAACUCUCAAGAAAGCACAACUCUCAAGAAAGCACAACUCUUAAGAAAGCACAACUCUCAAGAAAGUGCAACUCUCAAGAAAGCACAACUCUCAAGAAAGUGCAACUCUCAAGAAAGUGUAAGUCCACCUUCAUGAUGGUUAAAACUGAACUCUUGAUCCAGGCACUCCACACCUCUUCCCCUUGA